AUGUCACAAACUAAUAAUUAUCAAGAUGAUUAUGAUGAAAAACUAUUACGUGCAGUUCAAUUGAUGAGUUUGGAGACAUCAGAUUUUGAAGAGGAAAAUGAUUUAUUUAUAGCACUAAACAAUAGCCGAUUGUUAGCCAAUGAUAGUAUUGUUAAUGAUAAUGGAUCAACAAGUGAUCAAGAUGAUAGUGACCUGGAUACAUUUGUUGAUCAGGAAAUAUUUGACGCUAUUGUCAAUCAAAAUAGAUUGGAUGAAUCAAUUGAACAAUUUAGACAAAAUGCCGACAAUAAUAAUGAUAAUCAUAAUGAUGUCGAUGAUGGUAGUAGUGAUGAUGAUGACAACGACACUAGUGAUACUGAUGAUGAUGAUGACGAUGCUGAUGAUGAUGGCAACAAAAAUGAUGAUGAUGAUAAUUUAGAUAAUCUAUUUGAUCAAUCGACAAUCGAUGAAGUGUACCAGCUCAUUGAUGAAAUCUAUCAUCAUGAACAACCUCAAGUAGCAUCAUCAUCACCGUCAUCAUCAUCAUCAUCAAUACAAUUGCCAGUACAACAACAAAAUAUUACAGAAAUAACAUGUGCACUGUGUCUGGAUGAAAAGCAGCUAGCUGAUUUUCGUGAAUUUGGCCAAUGUCAGCACCUAUUUUGUCGGGUGUGUCUUGGUCAAUUUUUGGCCCAAAAAAUCAGUGAUGGUAUUGUACUAAAUAUAAAGUGUCCAUCAGGUGUUGGUGAUAGUCUGGAUAGUCAAUGUAGUGUCGAAGCCUCACAUCAAUUGAUCCGUGAGCUCCUGGAUCCCGAUCUACUAGUACGCUAUGAUGAGCUAUUGUUGAAGAAAAAUGUCGAGCACCUGGAUAAUGUGAUAAAUUGUCCAACAUGCAAUCUGCCUGUUGAGUUUGAUUCAGGCACGUGUUUGGCCUACUGUUAUACGUGCGACUAUGCAUUUUGUACGAGCUGUGGACAGGUAUAUCACGGUGCGACCGAUUGUGUUAACAACGAUGAUGAGGAAAGUCGUCGGCAACGUGAGGCCGAAAAUCAUGAGUCGGAACUGUUUAUUAACGCCAAUUUCAAACAGUGUCCCCAAUGUAGCUCACCGUGCGAUAAAGAUGAAGGUUGCAAUCAUGUUAUAUGUAAAAAUUGCCAUGUUCAAUUUUGUUGGCUAUGUCUAACUGAUGUUAGCGAUAAACAAGUCUAUGACAGGCAUUAUCUAUCGGAAUGCGUUUUGUUUGCUUACGAUUUUAUAUAUUAA